GAAAUACUAGAAAUUGGGAUAAUCUUCACAUUUCUUUGAAUAAGAAGUAAUAAUGCAACGAAGGCAGGGAAGAGUCAAUGCUGGACUGCUUUUGCUGCUUUAUCAAAUUUCUCAAGUUGGACUCCAGAACAUUCCUUCUGUUACUCUUGGGGUACUUGCACUGAAUAUUUUUCUCUUUCUGAAUCCUGUGAGGCCGCUGCCUGAAGUGUGUAUCAGUGUAAAUGAAGGCUUCUACAGAAGGAACUGGCAGCGUUUACUGCUUUCUCCUGUCCACCAUGCAGAUGACUGGCAUUUAUAUUAUAACAUGAUUUCCAUGCUUUGGAAGGGGAUAAUGCUGGAAAAAAAGCUUAAGAGCAUAUGGUUUGCAUACAUAAUUGCAGUAUUUUCAGUGCUGAUUGGAGUUGUUUAUAUGGUGCUGGAAUUCAUGCUUGUGAAAAUUCUGGAUGAUCCGUCAUACGAAAUGAAUUGUGCUGUAGGUUUUUCAGGAGUCUUGUUUGCUUUGAAGGUUCUUAACAACCAUUACAAUCCAGGAAGAGUCAGCAGUGUCCUUGGAUUGCAGAUACCCAGUAAAUAUGCCUGUUGGGUGGAGUUGGUGGCUAUUCAUUUAAUCUCCCCAGGGACUUCUUUUGCUGGGCAUCUGGCAGGGAUUCUUGUUGGAUUGAUGUACACUAUGGGACCUCUGAAAAAGAUCAUGAAAGCCUGUGCAGGUGGCAUUUCUUCAUUCACUGACCCUGCCAGGCCAAGGGACUACUAUUCAGAGUAUUAUGGCUAUCCAGGUUAUCAAUACAGAACGCCAAGGAGCUAUUAUGAUUAUACAGGUGGGCUUACUGAAGAAGAACAGCUUGAAAGGGCAGUGCUAAACAGUCUUAAUGAAAGAGAUUUUGGUGGAGCAACGUAUACUAACGAGCGGCGACCCUAUGGUUUUUGGUUUCCACCUGAGCAGCAUUCAGAAGAGGAAAGGCGGCGGCAAAGGCUUCGUAGGUUUGAGAGACAAUGAAAUUGGCAGGUGUGGUGGAAAUUGUAAAGUGCUAUUCAGAGUUACCAAAAUAUUUGCAGAUUUACUUGUAAUAUGCAGGUUUGUUUGUAAUAUUUUUCCAAUUUUUUUUACUACUAGUUGCAAAACUGCAGAGGAUUUUGAGAGUCCAGGCUCAAAACUGGAACUUGCAUAAAAAGUGUGAGAUAGGAAUCAAAAUGUGAUCUUUGGCAGUCUUCGUCUUAAUGCACCUUAAAUAUGGAAGACGACUGAUGGUUUUACCAAAUUGUCUUUUUUUCUUAAGUUCUUUUGUGCAGCUUCAAGAAUUCCUCGGCUUUUUGACUGCUGGUAUUCUCGGACAACAGGUUUUCUUCAUCCAUCACAGAUGAAAAAAAAUUACUUUUUUUUUAUACAAUUGUAAAACCAUGCAAUUUUUCCUUACAAACUUGUCUCUGUUUGUCUCUGAUGACUGACUGGUUUUGGGAUUGGCAUGUGAAAUGUCACUUGAAAAGAUUGCUUUGAUGACGACAGCUAGAUCAUAUCAGUCUACGCUUAAGCUUUUGAGCAGUCUUGCAAACUGGGUGAAAAAUAGUUGCAGCUGUCCUUACCCUAAGGAGUUAUUUAAUACAACCUCUAGUGUUGCAGUCUUCCUUAAAACAUGCCAUUUUAUCUAGAGGUUGUAUGUGAUAAAAAUGGGUUGUAACUGCUUAUUAUUUCCUAAAGCCU